CUCAGCAGCCACUGCCUCCUGGCGCCCUCUCCUCAUCGGCGCACGCGCUCCGGAAGCCCCGUUAUCCCUACCUUCCGCCCGCUUCCCUACGCUCAAUCCUAGCAACGCAUGCGCGGACACGCCCCUACCGCUUUUCUUUACGUGUUUCCCACCUCCACGCUGUGCGUCAGGUGCUGUUUGGUGGUCCCUUUCUUCCCAGCCGUUUGGGGCAUUGCGCAGGCGCAGUAGGGAAUACCCCCCUUUUUUUAUAAAUUAUUAUUUCUCAUUUCACAGUCCCCCCCCCCGUUUACGGAUUUCUGAGGAGACUGUAGGGGGGCUCGUCGUCAUCGCUAUGGGAAGGAAAUCAAGUAAAGGCAAGGAGAAGAAACAGAAGCGACUGGAGGAGCGGGCAGCCAGAGAUGCUGUCUGUGCCAAGGUGGACGCUGCAAAUAAAUUGGGAGACCCCUUAGAAGCCUUUCCAGUGUUCAAGAAAUAUGACAGGAACGGGUUAAAUAUCUCCAUCGACUGCAAGCGAGGCUCCAGCUUGGACCCGGCCACGCUCGACUGGGCUUUUGAACUAACCAAAACAAACAUGCAGACCUUGUACGAGCAGAGCGAGUGGGGCUGGAAAGACCGGGAGAAACGGGACGAGAUGACCGACGACCGCGCGUGGUACCUCAUUGCUUUGGAGGACGGCUCCCUUCCCGUGGCUUUCUCGCACUUCCGCUUCGAUGUGGAAUGUGGGGACGAGGUCCUCUAUUGCUAUGAAGUGCAGCUGGAAAGCAAAGUCAGAAGGAAAGGUUUAGGCAAAUUUCUCAUACAGAUACUGCAGCUCAUGGCAAACAGUACACAGAUGAAGAAAGUCAUGUUAACAGUAUUUAAACACAAUCAUGGGGCCUACCAGUUCUUCCGAGAAGCUUUACAGUUUGAAAUCGACGAUACCUCACCCAGCAUGUCUGGCUGCUGCGGGGACGACUGCUCUUACGAAAUCCUCAGCCGAAGAACAAAAUUUGGCGAGAGCCAGCACGCUCACCUUGGUGGUCACUGUGGAGGCUGCUGCCAUUGAGAUUGCUCCUGAAGAAGAACCCGACUUCCUCUGCAUAACCCUGCCAUUCUUUAUGGUUUUCAUUGCCCGAUCCAGCACCCCCCUUCCACUUCCUCCAUUUCUUGCUACACUCCCAAGCCAGGACAAACAGACUCCUCUGUUGCAUCCUGAAUCCCAGGAUGAAAGAUCUUCCUCCUUACGGCAGGUUCUGGGAACCAAAGUCAUGCCUAACUCUCAGGCCUAGCUCUAGAUCUUGCUUACCUGCAGCCUUGAACUGAAGGUAUGAAUCCAGGCAGCAGGGCUUUUUGUUCAUUUGUUAAGUUCCCAUUGCUGCGGUGAUGAAACAGUUACUGCCUAAAGUGAGUGGUGGGAAUAACUCUUGCCAAACUUAAAGGUGGAUGAAGAAUUAUUUUGUGAGUUAUUGGACUAGCAGAUCCAGAUAUGUGACCUUUCCUCGCCUACAUUGAUAUGUGCCUCUCUUUUCCUUGAUCGUUGCUUUGGACUCCUGUACAAAUUUUAGAACUAGAUCCUAAGUAGUGUUCUACAUCUGUCAUUCCAGCAGCGCUUUCCCCCUUCGCUUAUACGUUGGAAAAGUAUUGAUGCAGAUGGGUCGCCUGUGCGGUUUGCUGCUAGUGUACCCCCUAUGGCUGUAUCCUUAAUUUGAUUUGGCUUCUAAGAUCCUCUUACCAGCAAACUGUACAGAUGACCCUCUGCCCACAUGCUCAUGCGCACCCACAGACACAUCUUGGAGAAAACUUUCAAGAGUUCAUUCAAAGCGAUGAUAUUGGAUCUUGCUGUUUUGGUAUCUGAAAGGCCCAGUUGAAGGAGAUAUGCAAGAUAGAGGUUGUUUCUUUCCCCCAAACACUGUGAACUUUUUGUUGUUCAGGGCCCUUCGUUCGUUUGACUCCCCACCUUCAACGGGACAGGCUGCUGUGGCAUUUAUUCAUCCUGUGUAUCUGGGUAGGGGAACCUGGGCCUUCCAGCUGUUGUUGGAUUCCAACUCCUGUCCACCCCAGCCAACAUGGACCAGUGGUUAGGGAUGAUGGGAGUUUUAGCCCAGCAAUAUCUGGAAGACCACAUCCCUGCUAUAUAUUAUGAAGGAAGAGGAUGUUCUAGGUUUUUUUAAAAAAGAUGUUUUAAAAUGCCUUAGCUUUACACUGCACUGAAGCUUCACCCACAGAAGGGGCAGCCUCUGCCUCCUGUUAAUUCCCUUUUGAGUUGCCAGGUUUUUAACAGAUUUGUGGUGUCAUCCAGCGGCAGCUGGUAGAUCCAUGCCAGUGGGGCAGCGGAAUACCCUCUGGAGUUUAGUCCAAAAUUUCAAGGAAAUGUCCAAGGUGCCCUUAACUCCUUGAAAGGUUGGACUACAACCUAGAGUGGAUUCCACUGCGCCACUGACAUGGAUCCACCUCUUCCUAUCUUCCACGAGUUACAGUGUUUAACAUGACAUCUUCCUUCUUGCCUCGGUGAGGUGCAUUGAUGUAUGCACACUCCAUUUGAGGCCCAAGCACUUGACUGGCAUUAAGUAUCAACCCCAUCAGAUGAGUGCUCCUGCUGCUGCUGUCGCCGCACACUCAUCUGUCAGUCACCUGAGCAUCCGCUGCUUGGCCUUGCUCUUCCCACCAAGCUUUCUUAGCAUUCUAGGCUGCAGUAUGGAAACAGAUUUUGGAGGAGAGUGGCUGGUGAUUGCCAGGCAACCACCAACAGCUUUUGCGCAUCUCAAGUUCUGACUUGUUGCCCACUGGCAACCUUUGGUCCUUCUCUGCUGUAGCAAUUCUGGUGGUGUGGGUGAUCUCUUCCCUUUUCCCCAAAACGGCAUCUUCCGCCAGCCGCACAACCUCAGGACCUCAUUCUGUCUCAGGGUGUGUAACUGCCUUUGCCAUUUGCUCUGAAAGGAGGUGAUGUUGGUGCUCCUUCUCUGGCUCCUUUAAAUGCCUACACCAGGGGUGGACAGCAUGGCACCCUCCAGAUGUUGCUGGACUGCAACUCUCAUCAGCCCCAGCCAGUUUGGCUAAUGGUCAGGGAUGAUCGUCCGGCAACAUCUGGAGGGCACCAAGUUGGUUACCCCUGGCCUAAAGCCUCUUUUUAAAAAAAAUGGCUUGCUGGUUGAAUUGCAUGUUAACAAAUUGAGACAGUGACCACGGAUGGUUGUUGUUUUUUCUCUUGGUUAUUGGGUUGGAACCCCACAAGCUGAGACGGAUUUUUAUAGGAAUGCAUUGUCUACAGGUGUGGGAACCUUUGGCCCUCCAGAUGUUGCUGAACUACAACUCCCAACAUCUCUGGUCAUUAGCCAUACUUGCUAAGGCUGAUGGGAGUUGUAGUCCAGCAACACCUGGAGGACCAAAGAUUCCCCAUACCUGGCCUAUAGCAAAGGGGUGGGCUGUGUGCAGACUUUUUUUGUGCGUGGAACACAUCUGGGGAGGGGGGAAGAUCCCAUUGUGCUAGCAGUAAUCCUUGCACUGACUGGAUGCAUUGACAGAAUACCGCCCUCAGACUUGUGUGACUGUUUUUAAUUCCAGUGUCAGCAGCACUAAAGCAAAAGAAAACUGCCUUCUUUGUGAGGGGGCAUCUGCACAUCUUCGUGCUUCUGCCCACCCCAAAAGAACGUUUGUAGAAAGUCAUCUUUUCCCUCCAAGAGCCAAGGACCACCAUCUUAUCUAGGUCUCAGUUAAUAGCCUUUAUCGGUGUGGAAACAAAUGGACCCCACUUAAAACAUGUAUUAUCAAGUCCCUGUUUUUUUUAAUGUAUCAUGAUGGUGUGUGUGUUUUUUACAAAGCAACCAUGUUCCUAAAGAAACCUCAUCUAUUCCUAUUUUUUUAUGAGGGAACUAUUGCUGUUGUGUUCAUAUUUUUGUUUGAAAUGCUAAGGACAGUCUGCAAAGCUUCCACCUAGCUCUGAGACUUUAUUAACAGUGGGUAAGCUAAGAGCUCUGGGUUUUACCUCCCUAUAACAAAUAUCUUUUGAUAAUUGCAACUUGCUAUAUCAACCUUUUGGACUUCCUUUUUAUUUCCUUGUACAUGGAUCUCUUUCCCUUUCCCCCUAACCCAAAAUAUCAAGAAAAGGUGGAUGAGUGUGGCUAAUUCUUGUAUUUUUUAACCCACUCACCCCCUGUAAAAUCUGGCAUGCUUAGUACUAUUAAGCUGUAAGAACUCUGCACUGUAUACUUUUAUGUAUCUAGUGUCUUUUUUCCCUUAUUUCCCCUCUUUGUUUUUUGGGGGUGGAUUGGGUUCUUCCCCAGUUUUUAGAAUAAUUUUUAUGGUAACUACAUUUCUUAGCAAAUAUUUUCACCAGAAUGAAAGGGAACAAGCUGACUUUUUUUAAUUUGGUAUUUGUUUUAUUUGUAUGUUUAAAAAUAAACAUUUUGGUUCAAUCUCUA